CACAGACUUGUCCAAUUAUGAUUUUAUCGACAGUACAAAUCAAGCGCACCGGUUAGCGGUCUUUCUUAAAGCGUCAUGCUUGGUACGAAUAAAAUUGUGUAAUCAACACCUCAAACGUAUGUUAGUCGUUGACCUCAAACACUGAUGGAAUGGACAUAUAAAAAAAUAAUAACAUUUAUUUUAUGAUUGUUUGUCCGGUUAUAUACUUUUAGUCAUAUUUUCCCAUUAAAAAAAAUAAAAAUUGGGGUUGCUCAAAAAUUCAAACUAUAUUUGACUAAAAAAGCGUUAACGAAACAAGGAAUUGUGGCAUUGCCUCUGACUGUCCGGGGAAAAAAAUAAAUCACAUAUGCCUGCUCAGUGUACAUUGUAUACAUUUCAUAUUUGAUUGCAGUGAUAGUUAAUUAUCGUUUGGUGCAGCGAUUUGGUACCCUACACCUACAUAACGUCCAACCGGUUUUUCUACGGAAAAUUCAGAAACAUGGGGAAGAUAGGAUUAGAAUUCAAAGCGUGUUUAGAAAAUGUCAAAAGCUUGCGUUGCUGUGGAAAAGAUUUCAGAUGGUUUUUGAAGUUGCGUUGUAACAAUUGUGGAGAAGUUACUGCAAACUGGCAGUAUGUGACUGAAGACAUGUCUGCAGAUUUAAAAGGUGGUCGUGGGCAAGCAAAUAUGGUAGAAAAGUGUAAGAUGUGCUCCAGAGAGAAUUCAAUAUCUAUUCUAGAAGACAGAGUUCAACCAUACACUUUUGAAGAUGACCUAAAAUCAAAAGUAAUUGUUGUAUUUGACUGUAGGGGUUUGGAACCAGUCGAUUUUGAUCUGAGAAGUGGUUGGGAAGUUGAAUCAAAUAGUUCAACGAAAACCUUUUCAGAUGUUGAUCUGAAAGAUAAAGACUGGUUUGAUUAUGACGAUAUUGGGAGUGAAACUAUCGGUAUCACCGAAUUAACAUUCAAAUUUGUGAAACUAAAGAAGUGAACUUGGACCUGUAGAUUAAAUUUUGAAUACAGAAAUACUUGAAUUACAGAAUUACUCUUUUGCCUAAAAAUGCCUCCAAAUGCAUGCUCAAUGUUUUGAAAUUUAUAUAUAUUUUUAUAGAACACAGCCAUGGCAUUGUUGUAUCAAAUGGAUUUCAGCUGACCAGUUUUUAAUACUGUAAAAGCCUGUCCCCUGAAACCUAAUUAUAUAUCUCUUGAUUGUGAAUAAACUAGGUACAGUAUGAUAUUUCGCUGCUAUUUAAAAACUAAUUUAGAUUCUAUAAUUAUGGUGACAGGUUUUAUCUUGCAAUGGUGCUGAACUGCUGAUAGAUUUAGUGAUGUUUCUUUUGGGUAUUUGUAUGUAGAAGCAAGUUAAUUAUAUAAAGGCUUAUACGCUGAAAAUAUACUGUGUAUAAUACUCAGAGUUAGUUUUAUAGAUAUUUAUUCAAUUGAAGUUUUAGAGAUAUGUACAUUGCUUCAUGCAGGAAAAUUUGACCUCCUCAUAAACAUUGAAGCAAGAGCUUGAUGUGGCUUAGGAAUAUAACCACAUACCCUGUACACCAAUCAAUAUGUACUUAUCCGUGCAAUUUUAAACAAUGUUUCAUGUAAUCCAACUAGUUAUCUCGUAAACAUCCCAGGUUGAUUGCUUCACUAAUUUUAUGUUUGACAAACCUAAUGUGAAAAUUGUCGUUUCCCAUGUGAUCUAAAUAGAUGACAAGUUGCAAAGAGACCAUGAUCACAUUGGCAGUCUUUAUUUAUUGUUUUACAUUUCCUCUUACCAGAUCAUUCGUUUGCAAUUUUGAUUAUUUCUAGUAUGCUCUUGUAGAUUGAAGCAUAUUCAAAUUGCUAUAUAAUGUAUUAAUCUGUUUAUAUUUGUCAUAGUAUUAAUUUGAUCAAGUCAUAUAUUGUCAAAAAGCAUUAGUUACAUUACCGUGGUCGUGCAACAGAAAAUACUUAAUUUUGUAAUUCCUUUGAAACAUUUCAUUAAUUUGCUUCUAG